AUGGAAUCAGUAGCACGGCUGCUUCUGCUGGUGGCCGUGGUGGUGGCCGCGGCCAGUGGCGCCACCACGGGCGCCGUGGCCGCGACCGCGACGCCGACGCCGCACCUCAAGCUCAAGGGCGGCCUGCGCGUGCGCCUGACGCACGUCGACGCGCACGGCAACUACUCGAGGAUGCAGCUGCUGCAGCGGGCGGCGCGCCGAAGCCACCACCGCAUGUCGCGGCUCGUCGCGCGUGCCACCGGCGUCAAGGCCGCCGCCGGGGGAGGGGACCUUCAGGUCCCCGUCCACGCGGGCAACGGCGAGUUCCUGAUGGACGUGGCGAUCGGCACCCCCGCGCUGUCCUACGCGGCCAUCGUGGACACCGGCAGCGACCUGGUGUGGACGCAGUGCAAGCCGUGCGUGGAGUGCUUCAAGCAGAGCACGCCGGUGUUCGACCCGUCGUCGUCCUCCACCUACGCGACCCUCCCUUGCUCCAGCUCCUUCUGCGGCGACCUGCCCACCUCCACCUGCACGUCGGCCAACAAGUGCGGCUACACCUACACCUACGGCGACGCGUCGUCGACGCAGGGCGUGCUGGCCAGCGAGACGUUCACGCUGGGCAAGGAGAAGCUGCCCGGCGUGGCGUUCGGCUGUGGCGACACGAACGAGGGCGACGGGUUCACGCAGGGCGCCGGGCUCUUCGGGCUCGGCCGGGGCCCGCUCUCGCUGGUCUCCCAGCUCGGCCUCGACAAGUUCUCCUACUGCCUCACCUCGCUCGACGACGGCGACGGCAAGAGCCCGCUCCUGCUGGGCGGCUCCGUCGCGGCCAUCUCGGAGAGCGCGGCCACGGCGCCCGUGCAGAGCACCCCGCUGGUGAAGAACCCGAGCCAGCCGUCCUUCUACUACGUGUCCCUGGCGGGGCUCACCGUGGGGUCUACACGCAUCACCCUCCCGGCCUCGGCGUUCGCGAUCCAGGACGACGGCACGGGCGGCGUCAUCGUGGACUCCGGCACCUCCAUCACGUACCUGGAGGUGCAGGGGUACCGCGCGCUGCGGAAGGCGUUCGUGGCGCAGAUGGCGCUGCCCACGGUGGACGGCUCCGAGAUCGGGCUGGACCUGUGCUUCCAGGGCCCCGCCAAGGGCGUGGACCAGGUGCAGGUGCCCAAGCUGGUGCUCCACUUCGACGGCGGCGCGGACCUCGACCUCCCCGCCGAGAACUACAUGGUGCUCGACUCCGCCUCCGGCGCGCUGUGCCUCACGGUGGCGCCGUCGCGGGGGCUCUCCAUCAUCGGCAACUUCCAGCAGCAGAACUUCCAGUUCGUGUACGACGUCGCCGGGGACACGCUCUCGUUCGCGCCCGUGCAGUGCAACAAGUUGUGA